AUGCCUUCGCCACCACCGGUAGUACAAGACCAACAAGCUGACGACCGAACUAUUGCACUAACAAAGGAAUUUAAAAAGUUGAAACCGCCAUUGUUCAAGAGAGGAAUUGAUCCACUGAAGGCGCAGGCAUGGGUACUUGGUAUAGAGAAAUUGUUUGAGGUCUUUCCAUGCACGGAGGCACAAAAAGUCUUGCUUACUGCUUUUACACUUGAGGAUAAAGCACGCCAUUGGUGGAUGCUUGUUCGAGCCGAACAUCAAGGGAUAAAUUGGGCUCAAUCUUUGGAGGUCUUUUAUGAGAAGUAUUUUCCACAAUGUAUUCAAGACAGGAAGGUGAUGGAGUUUGAAUACUUGAAGCAAGGCAACAAAACUGUAGCGGAGUAUGAAGUACAAUUCACCAAGCUAGCCUGUUUCACACCAUACAUGGUUGAUACAGACUAUAAGAAGGCGAGAAAGUUUGAGAGAGGACUCCGAGACUCUAUUCUUGAAAAGAUCAAUGUGUUGAAGUUGCAGAAAUAUGUGGAUGUUUUGGAUAGGGCCAUCAUGUCAAAAGAGACACCCGAUGUGAGUAUUGAAAAUAUACCGAUUGUUAGUGAGUUUCCGGAUAUAUUUCCUGGGGAAUUACUGGGGAUGACGUGA